UCGGUCCCCAGUAAACAGAGAAUCAGACACCCAAACCCACAGCCUUGGCGUCAAUAAAGACGACACCUUUGCCCACCGGGCAAAAUUUCGCCUAUCGUCUUCGUCGAUCUUCCUCUCGCCCUUGAUUAGCCGUCACCAACCGAGGGUCGGUCAAACCACUCUUGUCACUGCCAUCUUCAUCAGGAAUAAGUUUACGCCUGCAGAAGACUACUACCGUGCUCAUUCCUCCUUGUGUUUACUUCUGUGCUUCUUCUAUGACCCUCCCUGUCGGAUCUGUCGGGUUCGGCGGUUGAGGACUAAGAACUGGGGAGAGGGAUGGAAGGGGAGAAGGUGGAUCUGCGGGCGCUGCGCUCGCUGGGCCUCGGCUUCGACCUGACCCACGACUUCCGCCUCCGGUUCGCCAAGGAAUUCCACGGCGGCCGUCUCGUGCAGCUCGAUGAGUCACGCGUCCGGGAUGUAGUGUUCCCUGGGGGGCAGGUCGUUCGCGGUGUCUCCGAGGAUAUCGGAUUGGAUAAGGGCGAUCGGAUUCGGUUCCGCUCGGAUGUGCUCGAGUUCAAUCAGAUGUCCGAAUUACUCAAUCAGAAAUCUUCAGUCCAAGGAAAGGUGCCUUCAGGCUAUUUUAAUGCUCUUUUUGAUCUAACUGGAGCAUGGUUGGAAGAUGCUAAAGAGACAAAAUAUUUUGCUUUUGAUGGAUACUUUAUUUCCUUGUAUAAUUUACAUCUGAAAGCUUCUCCCUUAGUUCUUCGUGAUGAGGUUAAAAGGGUGGUACCUUCAAAGUGGGAUCCUUUAGCCCUCAGUUGGUUUAUGCGGACAUUUGGAACACAUAUAAUUGUAGAAGUAGCUAUAGGAGGUCAGGAUGUAAUUUGUGUUAAACAGAGUCCUUCAUCAACAAUUUCUUCAGCUGAGUUAAAGAUGCAUCUUGAGGAUCUUGGAGAUUUUUUAUUUUCUGAUGGAAGUAGUCCUUCUCCUCAACAUCGGAAAAUCAGAGAAGGCAAGAACAAGGUGUCUGAGGCCUUCACGAAAAUCUUGCAACCUAACACGUUGCAUCUGCCUGUCUAUUCAGAAGCUUCAACCAAGGAAGGACUCACUAUCAUUUGUGCAAAAAGAGGAGGUGAUGUAUACGUGCCAACUCACUCAAAUUGGCUACAGACUGUGCAGAAUAACCCUGACGCAAUCCUCUUCAAGUUUGUUCCCAUCACAUCUCUUCUAACUGGUAUCCCGGGCAGUGGAUAUCUCAGUCAUGCUAUAAAUCUGUAUCUUCGCUACAAACCAGAUCCUGAAGAUUUACAGUAUUUUUUGGAAUUUCAAGUUCCUAAUCAGUGGGCACCAAUGUUCAAUGAAUUAGCUCUUGGACCUCAAAGAAGAAAAGUCUCCUGUCCCAAACUGCAGUUUAGAUUUUUUGGUCCAAAGCUUCAUGUUAAUACUGACCAGGUUGUAAGCAAUCAGAAACCAGUAAUUGGCAUGCGAUUAUACUUGGAGGGCAAUAAGUGCAAUCGAUUGGCCAUACAUUUGCAGCACCUUUCAAGUCUUCCCAGCAUGCUUAGAAACACUGGUUCAUCUUGGAUAUCCGAGUGGCAAGGAUCUCAAGAAUCAGCAGACCCAGGAUAUUUUGAGGCUAUCCAAUGGGAGAACUACUCAGCUAUUUGCACAUUGGCAGUGAAGCAUGAUCCUGUUUGGCUCCAAAGAGUAUCUAAUGGUGUGUUUGUGGUAAUUGGUGCACAACUUGUUACAAGAGGGAAUUGGUCCAAGAAAGUGCUUCAUCUUCGCCUCCAAUAUAUGCACAUUCCAAACUGCACCAUUCGAAAGACAGAAUGGGCUCGUGCUCCUGCAACUUCUCUGAAGGGAAGUUUUCUGACAAAUCUAAGUACAAAAUUUAGCACACCAUUCACGCCAAGGGAUGCAGCGCCGCCUGUAAAGAAUGACCCUGCACAGCUGAAUUCAGGUGUGUAUCCUGAUGGCCCACCUGUGCCAGUGCAAUCAAGAAAGCUCUUAAAGUUUGUAGAUAUGGUUGAGGUUGUCCGCGGCCCUCACAAUGUACCAGGCCAUUGGCUUGUAAUUGCAGCUAAGCUCGCCAAAGAAAAGGGAAAAAUCGCCUUACAUGUAAAGUUUGCUUUGUUGAGUUAUUCAGCUGAACCAGAGAUGAGCAACUAAUGUUCGUAUAGUUCUCUUCCACCCUGUAGAUUUAAGAGUUUUGAUUGCGGGAUCAGGAUUUCUAAGCACUGUUUAUUAUCUUUCAUUAGCAUUAAAAUUGUACAGAUAUAGCAAUAAUUUGCACUGAAUGCUUACAACUCGUGUCAUGUUCAAUCUUUCCCUUUAUUUUA